AAACAGCUGUUAUAAUAUGCCGAAUUAGAUGUUUUUAGUUGCGCUUCGGAAAAAGAAUAAAGAUGGCUUCUUCAGAAACGGGGGGUGUAAAACCCAUGACUAUUGCCGGGCGCAUGGUGCGCGAACGUGAACGUUUGAUUGGCAUGUCAAAUGAGGAACGAGCAUGGCGCAAGCAAUGGUUGAAAGAUUUGGAGUUACACCACGGGGCUCGUACAGUGCCCGAGUUGGAAAGGGAAUUACGGAACCCAAUCAAACGUUUCUAUCGUUUCCCUCUUGACAAAAUGGGAGAGGCGCUAACUCCAGUUUUAGGCCCACAGCGGGCAUAUACCAUCCGCUUUUGGACCGGAAAAUUUGCAAUGGCUAUUGCAGCAAUUUACGCUGGUGCCUAUUAUUUCAAAUACAAUCCAAACGAUUGGACGCGCAAAGGAGGCUGGCGUGUAAUAACUUCACGUCCUGCUUGCAAUCCUGGUGACGAGGGUUAUCCAAAACUGUCUGAACGUACACAACCCUCAGACUAUGCAGCGCGUGGUUUCAAGCAGUCUCCAAUAUAAUAAUUGCUAAGUAAAUUAUGAAAGAAUGGAUGUGAACAAUUUCAAAACCUUAAAUAUUAAAACUUCAUACGGUGCUCCAAGGAUUAAAUAAAAAAUAAAAUAAAAAUACAAAACUAAAAAGUAUCACGACUAUUGCGAAAUAAUACAAACCUUUGUCAAGUCGACAAUUUCGUCAACAUCGAUUUUACUUUGCGAGUUUAACAAAAUUUCGCUGACAAUUGCAUUUUGUUGUCGGUCAGUUCAUUUUAUUCCAUUGCUUUCGAGCUUUCUAGGUGAAUGUUAUGCUUUUAGUUCCGUGUAAGUUUUUCGGCUUUCAUCAAAUAAAUAAAUAUGCUCCAAAAAGUGUUCAA